AGGAUGAUUAUUCUACUGUUUGUGGUUUCCAGUGUAGUUGGAAUUGUUAGUUACUAUUUCUGGACAUGGACCUAUUGGAGACGUUGUGGAAUUCCUGGCCCACAGGGUUACCCGUUCUUAGGAUCAGCUUUAGAUAUGAUGGAUCACGAAAACCCUCCAUUUUUACAACUUAAAAAAUGGACAAGCCAAUAUGGAAAAGUUUAUGGAAUUACUGAAGGACUUUUGAGAACACUGGUGAUCUCUGACACCAAUUUGAUACAUGAGGUUUUUGUGAAACAAUAUGAUAAUUUUUAUGGAAGAAAUCUGAAUCCAAUUCAAGGUGAUCCUAAUAGAGAAAAGAGAGUGACCUUAUUCUCAGCUCAAGGCCAUCGGUGGAAGAGAUUGAGGACUAUUGCGAAUCCCACGUUUUCCAGUAAUAAUUUGAGAAAAAUACAAGUUACUGUAGAAGACAGUGCUCUCGAACUUUUGAGGCACAUUGAGCAGCAUACAGCAGGCGGGAAAGCUAUUGACGUUUUGGAAUAUUUCCAAGAAUUCACAAUGGACGUGAUUGGACGCAUAGCAAUGGGACAACCAGACUCACUAAUGUUCAAAAACCCAUUACUACCUUGUGCUCGAGACGUUUUUGGCAAACCACGGACCGCUUUAUUUCUAUCUGGAAUUUUAUUCCCAUGGAUUGGUCCGAUGAUUCGAAAAGUUGUAUUCUAUUUCACAAAUGUUUUUAAUAAUCCAGCAGCACAAAUUAUGUAUCAAACUGCAAAUGCGGUGGAGCAAAGGAUUAAGCAAAGAAUGGCUGAAGAGAAAGCUGGAAUUGAUCCAGGGGAGCCCCAAGAUUUUAUUGAUUUGUUUUUGGACGCAAAAUCGGAUGACAUGGAAUUAGAGAAUAAUGAGGAUUUUACAAAAGCCGGAGUGAAAGUCACUAGACAAUUGACAAAAGAUGAAGUUGUUGGACAGUGCUUUGUAUUUUUAAUUGCUGGAUUCGAUACAACAGCCUUAUCACUAUCAUAUUCUUCAUUCCUCCUGGCAACUCACCCAAAAGCUCAGAAGAAAUUACAAGAAGAAAUUGAUAGAGAAUGUGCAGAUCCAGAAGUUACAUUCGAUCAACUAUCAAAGUUGAAGUAUAUGGAAUGUGUUAUAAAGGAGACGCUCAGAAUGUAUCCGCUGGGAGCUUUAGCAAAUUCUCGCCGUUGUAUGAGAUCUACUAAAAUUGGAAAUUAUGAAAUUGAAAAAGGCGUCGACAUUUUAUGUGACACGUGGACACUUCACUAUGACAAAAGUAUUUGGGGAGAAGAUGCUGAAGAGUUUAAGCCUGAAAGAUGGGAAUCAGGAGACGAGCAUUUCUAUCAAAAAGGAGGAUAUAUUCCAUUUGGAUUGGGACCUCGACAGUGUAUCGGAAUGAGAUUGGCCUAUAUGGAGGAGAAGCUUCUUUUGUCACAUAUUCUCAGAAAGUAUACAUUGGAAGUUUGCAAUAAGACCCAGAUUCCGUUGAAGCUUAUUGGUUCAAGAACUACACAACCGGAAAGUGUCUGGUUGAAUUUGACGCCGAGGGAUGAUAAUUGAAUUACGGGUCUUUUGUACAUAUUAAUUUUAGUAUACUUUGUGAAAUAUUCUAAAAUCUUUAUCCUCCAAAUUUUUUAGUAUAUAAAAUGCUUCUUA